CUCUCUCAACUUGGCUGCCAGCAUUCAGAGAAUUGAGAUGUGUACCUCGCGUUCAAAAACCUCCCCUAACGAAGAAAUUGUAAGGAUUUCCUGAGUGGCAGACAACAGCAGCGAAUGGGCAGUCCGAUAUUGCGUGACGUGACGGGAAAAGGGGGAGCUCGCGGCCAGUGGCGGCGGUGGCGACAGUGGCGACCUGGGGAUCGACCUGGAGGGGCCUGGGCAGCGUGCAGAAACCUCUAGAUCCAGGGAGAGGGACCUCCCGCCGGGAUGCCAGGGGAGCAGAUGGACCCUACUGGAAGUCAAUUGGAUUCAGAUUUCUCUCAGCAAGACACUCCUUGCCUGAUAAUAGAAGAUUCUCAGCCUGAAAGCCAGGUUCUGGAAGAAGAUGCAGGCUCUCACUUCAGCGUGCUAUCUCGACACCUUCCUAAUCUGCAGAUGCACAAAGAGAACCCCGUGUUGGAUAUUGUAUCAAAUCCGGAACAAUCUGCUGUAGAACAAGGAGACAGUAAUAGCUCGUUCAGUGAACAUCUGAAAGAAAAGAAAGCUUCAGAUCCUGUGGAGUCUUCUCAUUUGGGUACCAGUGGUUCCAUCAGUCAGGUCAUUGAACGGUUACCUCAGCCAAACAGGACAAGCAGUGCUCUGGCAGUGACAGUAGAAGCUGCUUCUCUCCCAGAGAAGGAGAAGGAAGAAGAGGAGUUGGAGGAGGAGAAGGAAGAGGUGGGAGCAAACGCUCCCAGUGCUGACACACACUCCCUUGCUGCUGAAGAUUCUGCUUCAUCACAGUUGGGCUUUGGAGUUCUGGAACUGUCCCAGAGCCAGGAUGUUGAAGAACAUACAGUGCCAUAUGAUGUCAACCAAGAGCAUCUGCAGUUGGUGACCACUAACUCAGGUUCUAGCCCGAUACCUGAUGUGGAUGCGAGCACUGCAAUUAAAUGUGAAGAACAGCCCACUGAAGAUAUCGCCAUGAUAGAACAACCCAGCAAAGACGUCCCUGUUACAGUACAGCCCGGUAAAGGUAUCCAUGUGGUAGAAGAACAAAAUCUACCACUUGUAAGGUCCGAAGACCGGCCUUCCAGUCCUCAAGUUUCUGUUGCUGCUGUGGAAACAAAGGAUCAGGUACCUGCCCGGGAGCUGCUGGAAGAGGGGCCGCAGGUUCAGCCGUCAUCAGAGCCUGAGGUUUCCUCAACCCAGGAGGACUUGUUUGACCAGAGUAGUAAAACAGCUUCUGAUGGUUGUUCUACUCCUUCAAGGGAGGAAGGUGGGUGCUCUCCGGUCUCCACACCUGCUACCACCCUGCAGCUCCUGCAGCUCUCUGGUCAGAAGCCCCUUGUUCAGGAGAGUCUUUCCACGAAUUCCUCAGAUCUUGUUGCUCCUUCCCCUGAUGCUUUCCGAUCUACCCCUUUUAUCGUUCCUAGCAGUCCCACAGAGCAAGGAGGGAGAAAAGAUGAGCCCAUGGAUAUGUCAGUGAUACCUGCAGGAGGGGAGCCUUUCCAGAAGCUUCAUGAUGACGAAGCAAUGGAGACAGAAAAACCCCUUCUCCCGUCUCAGCCUGCUGUGUCACCGCAAGCCUCAACACCAGUGUCUCGGAGCACGCCAGUUUUCACUCCUGGCUCUCUUCCCAUCCCAUCCCAGCCCGAGUUCUCUCAUGACAUUUUCAUUCCAUCACCAAGUAUGGAAGAACCAUCAGAUGAUGUGAAGAAAGGUGGAGGUUUGCAUAGCUCAUCUCUUACUGUUGAGUGUUCCAAGACUUCAGAGAGUGAACCAAAGAAUUUCACUGAUGACCUUGGUCUCUCCAUGACAGGGGAUUCUUGCAAACUGAUGCUUUCUACAAGUGAGUAUAGUCAGUCCUCAAAGAUGGAGAGCUUGGGUUCUCCCAGGACUGAGGAAGACGGGGAGAACACACAGAUUGACAAUACUGAACCUUCGUCUCCAGUUACCAAUUCUAAACUUCCUGCUGACAGUGAGAAUGUCCUGGUGACUCCAUCGCAGGACGACCAGGCAGAAAUGAGUCAGAAUGUAGAUAAAGCAAAAGAGGAUGAAACGGAGGACAGAGGUGACGUUGGUGUUUUAGCUGCUGACUGUAAAGGCAGAGAAGACACGGUUGCUGAAGAUGUUUGCAUCGACCUCACUUGUGAUUCUGGGAGUCAGGCAGUUCCUUCACCAGCUACCCGCUCGGAGGCACUUUCCAGUGUCUUAGAUCAGGAGGAAGCUAUGGAAAUUAAAGAACACCAUCCAGAGGAAGGGUUUUCGGGAUCUGAAGUAGAAGAAGUCCCUGAGACUCCCUGUGGAAGUCACAGAGAGGAGCCCAAAGAAGAACCGAUGGAAAGUAUCCCACUGCACCUUUCUCUGACUGACACUCAGUCUGAGGCAUUGUGUCUGCAGAAGGAAGCCCCCAAAGAGGAAUGCCCAGAAGCUAUGGAAGUUGAAACCAGUGUGAUCAGUAUUGACUCCCCCCAGAAACUGCCAGUACUUGACCAGGAAUUAGAGCAUAAGGACCCAGAAACCUGGGAAGAAGCUACUUCUGAAGACUCGAGUGUUGUUAUCGUAGAUGUGAAGGAGCCCUCUCCUCGAGUUGAUGUUUCCUGUGAACCUUUGGAGGGAGUGGAGAAAUGCUCUGACUCCCAGUCCUGGGAGGGUGUGGCUCCAGAGGAAGAACCAUGUGCUGAGAAUAGAUUAGAUACUCCAGAAGAAAAGAGUAUAGAGUGUGAUGGAGAUUCAAAAGCAGAGACCACAGAAAAGGACUCUGUAACAGAAGACUCUCCACAACCUCCUUUGCCUUCAGUGAGAGACGAACCUGUCACACCCGAUCAGGAGACACAGCAGCCCCAAGUUCAAGAGAAAGAGAGCCCAGUGACUGUAGAUGCACAAGUGGCUGAUGACAAGCAGCUGGGAUCAGAGCGCACAUGCCAGCAGCUUGAGAAGGCCCCUGCCUGUGCCUCACAAAGUUUCUGUGAAAGUUCUAGUGAAACUCCAUUUCAUUUCACUUUGCCUAAAGAAGGUGAUAUUAUCCCACCAUUGACUGGCGCAACCCCACCUCUUAUUGGGCACCUAAAAUUGGAGCCCAAGAGACAUAGUACUCCUAUUGGGAUUAGCAACUAUCCAGAAAGCACCAUAGCAACCAGUGAUGUCACAUCUGAAAGCAUGGUGGAGAUCAAUGAUCCGCUACUUGGGAAUGAAAAAGGGGAUUCUGAGUCUGCCCCAGAAAUGGAUGGGAAACUGUCUCUGAAAAUGAAACUGGUUAGUCCUGAGACAGAGGCCAGUGAAGAAUCUUUGCAAUUUAGCCUGGAAAAGCCUUCAACUGCUGAGAGAAAAAAUGGAUCUACUGCCAUUGCAGAGCCUGUUGCCAGUCUCCAGAAGCCGGUGCCCGUGUUUGGCUGCAUCUAUGAAGCCCAGCAAGAGAAGGAGGCUCAAAGUGAGGCUCCUCCCUCUGCACCUGCCAGGGCGAAUUUGCUCCAUUUUCCAAGUGCUCAAGAAGAAGACAAAGAAAGACCGGAUGUUACCCCAAAGCUCAGGCAGAGUGAACAGCCUGUGAAGCCUGUUGGGCCUGUCAUGGACGAUGCUGCUUCUGAGGACUCUGCCUCUUCUGUUUCGCAGCAGAGGGUCUCACAGGGGUGCUUCAGUCCUGGAGAGGAAGUGAUGGAAACAGACCUGCUGGAAGGGCUGGGUGCUAACCAGGACAGACCUAGUAAGAUGUUGAUGGAAAGGCCCACCCAGAGUAACAUCGGGAUCCAGACCGUGGACCAUUCCCUGUGUGCCCCAGAAACUGUCUCGGCAGCAACGCAGACUGUGAAGAGUGUGUGUGAGCAGGGGACCAGUACAGCGGAGCAGAACUCUGGGAAACAAGAUGCCACUGUGCAGACUGAGAGGGGGAGUGGAGAGAAACCUGCCAGUGCUCCUGUGGACGACACAGAGUCCCUCCACAGCCAGGGGGAAGAGGAAUUUGAAAUGCCCCAGCCUCCCCAUGGCCAUGUCUUGCAUCGCCACAUGAGAACCAUUCGAGAAGUCCGUACACUCGUCACCCGUGUCAUCACAGAUGUUUAUUAUGUGGAUGGGACAGAAGUGGAAAGGAAAGUAACGGAGGAGACUGAAGAACCAAUCGUAGAGUGUCAGGAAUGUGAAACAGAAGUUUCCCCUUCACAGACUGGAGGUUCCUCUGGGGACCUAGGGGACAUCAGCUCCUUCUCCUCCAAAGCUUCCAGCUCACACCACACAUCCAGUGGAACAAGUCUCUCAGCCAUACACAGCAGUGGCAGCUCAGGGCGAGGAGCUGGGCCACUCAAAGGAAAAGCCAGUGGGACAGAAGCUGCAGAUUUUGCCUUACCCAGUUCCCGAGGAGGCCCAGGAAAACUGAGUCCUAGAAAAGGGAUCAGUCAGACAGGGGCACCGGUGUGUGAGGAAGAUGGUGAUGCAGGCCUUGGCAUCAGACAGGGAGGGAAGGCUCCAGUUACACCUCGUGGGCGUGGGCGAAGGGGCCGCCCACCUUCUCGGACCACUGGAACCAGAGAAACAGUUGUCUCUGGUCCGUUGGGCGUAGAAGAUAUUUCACCUAGCAUGUCACCAGAUGACAAGUCCUUCACCCGCAUUAUGCCUCGUGUGCCAGAUUCUGCCAAACGGACGGAUGCCAGUUCUAGUACUUUGCGGCGGAGUGAUUCUCCAGAGAUUCCUUUUCAGGCUGCUACUGGUUCCUCUGAUGGCUUGGAUUCCUCAUCUUCAGGAAACAGCUUUGUGGGGCUCCGUGUUGUAGCUAAGUGGUCAUCCAAUGGCUACUUUUACUCUGGGAAGAUCACCCGAGAUGUGGGGGCUGGAAAGUACAAGCUGCUCUUUGAUGAUGGGUACGAAUGUGACGUGCUGGGCAAAGACAUUCUCCUGUGUGACCCCAUCCCCCUGGACACUGAAGUGACAGCCCUCUCAGAAGAUGAAUAUUUCAGUGCAGGAGUGGUGAAAGGACAUAGGAAGGAGUCUGGGGAGCUAUAUUACAGCAUUGAAAAAGAAGGCCAAAGGAAGUGGUAUAAACGAAUGGCAGUCAUUCUGUCCUUGGAGCAAGGAAACAGACUGAGAGAGCAAUAUGGGCUUGGCCCAUAUGAAGCUGUUACACCGCUCACGAAGGCAGCCGAUAUCAGCUUAGACAAUUUGGUGGAAGGAAAGCGGAAACGGCGCAGUAACAUCAGCUCCCCAGCCACCCCCACUGCCGCCAGUAGCAGCAGCACAACGCCCACACGUAAAACCACAGAGAGUCCCCGUACUUCCAUGGGAGUCCCGUCAGGCAAAAGGAAACUUCCGACUUCUGAAGAGGAACGCUCCCCUGCUAAGCGAGGUCGAAAGUCUGCCACCGUGAAACCUGGAACAGUGGGGGCAGCAGAGUUUGUGAGUCCCUGUGAGACUGGAGACAACAUAGUUGAGCCUUCUGUCCUGGAAGAGCCAAGAGGGCCUUUGCCCCUCAACAAGACCUUGUUUCUGGGCUAUGCCUUUCUCCUCACCAUGGCUACAACCAGUGACAAGCUGGCCAGUCGCUCUAAGCUGCUAGAUGGUCCUACAGGAAGCAGUGAAGAAGAGGAGGAAUUUUUAGAAAUUCCUCCUUUCAACAAGCAGUAUACAGAAUGCCAGCUUCGAGCAGGAGCUGGGUACAUCCUUGAAGACUUCAAUGAAGCCCAGUGUAACACAGCCUACCAGUGUCUCCUAAUUGCGGACCAGCACUGUCGAACCCGGAAGUACUUCCUGUGCCUUGCCAGUGGCAUUCCUUGUGUGUCUCAUGUCUGGGUCCAUGACAGUUGCCAUGCCAACCAACUUCAAAACUAUCGUAAUUAUCUGCUGCCUGCUGGGUAUAGCCUUGAGGAGCAACGAAUUCUGGAUUGGCAACCCCGUGAAAACCCUUUCCAGAAUCUGAAGGUCCUCUUGGUGUCAGAUCAACAACAGAACUUCUUGGAGCUCUGGUCUGAGAUCCUGAUGACUGGAGGGGCAGCCUCUGUGAAGCAGCACCAUUCAAGUGCCCAUAACAAAGACAUUGCUUUAGGGGUAUUUGAUGUGGUGGUGACAGACCCCUCAUGCCCAGCCUCGGUGCUCAAGUGUGCUGAAGCCUUGCAACUGCCUGUGGUUUCACAAGAAUGGGUGAUCCAGUGCCUCAUUGUUGGGGAGAGAAUUGGAUUCAAGCAACAUCCAAAAUAUAAACAUGAUUAUGUUUCUCACUAAAGAUACUUGGUCUUACUGGUUUUAUUCCCUGCUAUUGUGGAGAUUGUGUUUUAAUCAGGUUUUAAGUGUGUCUUGUGUGUAACUGUAUUCUUUGCAUGGACCUUGUACAUAGUUUUAUUUGCUGGACUUUUAUGAUAAAAUAAAUGUUGAAUCUCUUUGGUUGUAGUAA